AUGUACUCAUGCUCCAACUACCCACGGGGGUGUCGGGGCCGCUGCAACAUCCAAGGUGGCAAAUGCAGUGAUUGCACCUCACUCAAUUUACAACGACCUCGCACAAUGACAUCCCCGUUUGCUCAGAACCAAGGCGAAUUCCGCCGCCUUGCCCAGCUGACCACCUGCGCCACUUCCGAGGCCCCAGAUAAAUCCAGCCAGGUUUAA